AAGAAGAAAUCGGUUCCAUCUUGGAGUCUGAACAUACACAAUGCGCUGAUGGAUUGAACUACUCGGUAGCAGAAAGUUCGCAGCAUGAGAUCGAUGGUGUCAGUAUGUUAAUCGAAACGAAACAUAAUGGCGACGGCGUGGAAGAGAAUACCGAAGAUCUCGCGUCGCUCGCUGUCUGUGGACAACAUGAAGGGAAAGCAACGGUGUCUGAGGUAAAGGAGCAAUUUGUUCACGACGGUGCAGAUACCUCGAGGCAACAAGAGAGUGGUUCGAAUGAAUUCAAAAUAUCAGAGGAAAAGGAAAACACAGUAGACGAAAGUGAUGACAUCGCAGGAGAUGGCAUUGGUGAAAGCCCUAGAGACACCACAGGUGACAUUCCAAGAGACACAAAAGGUGACAUCCAAAGAGACAACAGUGGCGACAUCCCAGGAGAAAACAAGGGUGAUAUCCCUAGAGACAACAUUGGUGAAAUCCCAGAUGACCCCAGAGAUGACAUCCUAGGUCAGAGCUGUAUUGGCAUCCCAGGAGACGUCAGCGUUGACAUCCCAAGAGAGAACUGUGUUGACACCCCAGGAGACAACUUUGGGGAUAUCCCCCAGGACACCAGAUGGGACUGCUUAGGUGAUAUCCAAUGUAACACCAUUGGUGACAUCCCAGGAGACACAAGAUGUGACACCCCAGGAGACGACAGUGUUGACAUCCAAGGUGACAUUGAUGACACCGCACCAGACAACAUUGGUGAUAUCGAUGCGAAAGAUGGACGUGGAGGACUUGACUCGCUUGAAUUAAUCCCCGAACGUAGUCGUCAAAUACAAGUAGAGAAACGAGUCAACUUGUCAAGGGAAGAAACGGUGAAAACCACCCUGUCAUAUGAUAAUAUUGAUAGAGAUGAAGCGCCUAAAGAUAAAAUAGGCCACGAUGCUGUCCAGGAGGAGGUGCCUAAUGAUAAAAUAGACCACACUUCUGUCCAGGAGGAGGUGCCUGAUGAUAAAAUAGGCCACGAUGUUGUCCAGGAGGA